AUGGAAAACGGUGAACCCAGAAGAUCAACUCGCUUGAAUGAAAGAGCGGCUGUAAGAGACCGAGCUAGAGGUCGAGGGCGAGGAUGUGCUCGCGGUCGAGGCAGAGGAAACCAGCAUGUCCCUGCCGAGGCGGUGAUCCAGGAGAAUCAAAAUGCCCCUGUAAAUGGACAACAACCAGGUCAAGGUGGGGGUAACCACGAAGUCCCUGCUAGGGUAGUUGGUCAAGAACACCAAAACGCCCCUGUAGUGGUGCCACCACAACAAGAAGAUUUGGCGCAAGAAGUUGCUCGUCUCAAGGAAGAAAUUAGGAAGCGAGAUGAAGAGGCUCACAACCGUCAGGAACAACCCAAUCAAGGACAACAUCAAUUUUUGCCGGUGCAAUACAUGCCUGUGCCGGAGGGUCGAUGGGAACCAAUAUAUGAAAGGUUCCGCAAGCAACACCCACCAAAUUUUGAAGGGGGCUCAGAUCCAAUGGAAGCUGAGGAAUGGUUAAGAACAGUGGAAGGUAUUGUUGAGUACAUGCGGCUCGGUAACGGAGAUAGUGUAGCUUGUGCUGCUAGUUUAUUGAAAAAGGAUGCCCGCAUCUGGUGGGAUGUUAUUAAACAAACACGGGAUGUGGCCGCAAUGACCUGGGCUGACUUUGUACAAGUUUUUAACAAAAAAUACUACAGUGAAGCAAUACGCUCAGCUAGAGUUAAUGAGUUCACAAACCUGAGGCAGGGUAAGUCUACAGUUACAGAGUAUGCUCGCCAAUUUGACAGAUUAGCAAAGUUUGCCACAGAUCUGGUUCCUACUGAGUUUCUGAGGAUUCAUCGUUUUACUGAAGGGCUCGACUCCCGAAUAAGUCGAGACAUAGCGAUGUCAGGAGUAAGGGCAACCACGUAUGCUGAGGUACUAGAAAAAGCCCUAGAAGCUGAGUUGUGUGAAAGUCGUAUACAGAAAGACAAUACAGCAAGGUGGGAGGCCAGAAAGGCCAGUAAUGGAGGUGGUGAUAACAAAAGAAAACUGCCAAGUAACCAACACAACGAAGCCGACAAGAGAAACAAGAUAGGGUCCAAUAACUACAAAGGGAAGAAGCCAUAUGUGGAGUACCCCCUAUGCCCAACAUGUGGUCGUAAGCAUCCGGGAGAAUGUCGACUGAAAGGCAAGACUUGUUACAAGUGUGGGCAACCAGGCCACUAUAAGAAGGACUGUCCACAAAAGGGUGAUCAACUCAAGGAUGACAAACUUGUCCCAGCUCGAGUAUUUGCACUAACCAGAGGGGAGGCUGAGACUAGUAACAUUGUGGUUGCAGGUCAGAUUUCUAUCUCUGGAAAACUAUGUACUGUUUUAUUUGAUUCUGGAGCUACGCAGUCAUUUAUUGCUUUAAAGAUGAUAGAUAAGUUAGAACUACCGUAUGUAAACUUUAGUUAUAAGUUCAUGACGGAGUUGCCCUCGGGCGAGGUUAUGAUAUCAUCUAGAGGAGUGCGGGAUGCGCCAAUAAGGAUUGCAGACAAGGAACUUAGUGGAGAUCUGAUAGAGCUGGAGAUGAGGGAUUACAAUCUUAUCUUGGGUAUGGAUUGGCUAUCACGGCAUGGAGCAACAAUAGACCGCAGAAGAGGACGGUGA